AUGCUCAUCGUGAACGUGAUGGGACUGGUGCAACAAUUUCGCACGAGAGGCCCCUUAGACCCGCUGGUCAAAGAAGGACAAUCAACCUCCAGCUGCCCUCCAGCUGACGCGAUCAAGCAGAAGAUGGACCUUGACGAGUCUGGGGCGGUCAACCUGGAGGAGCUCAACAUCGGCCUGAAGAAGCUCAAAUUGAAGCUCACACAGGAAGAGUUCGAUAGCGUCACAGACUCGCGGAAGCUGCUAAACUCGCAAGGGGAGCUGGGGCCUGAAGAGUUUGAGACGGUGAUGCUAACACAGAUGUCGAACUACGUGCAUCGCAAGAUUGCAAUGGCGAUCAAGAAUGAGGCUCAGGAGUUCAACUACGACGUGCUGUUUGCAAUCAAAUCUCUGUUGUUGUCUGUUGACAAGAUUCAUAAUCCGAUCUUCAAGUCGCGCAAGCAUCAGCACCGCAAGUCAAAGAGGGAAAGCCUUCUUCAACUGGAAGAAGAUGGUGGGGAUACGGAACAAACCAAAGGUCGUUUGUCGGCCAGUGUUGAGAGGAUUGAAACCUUCAUCGACAACCUUGAAACCAAGUCUCCCAGCGUUGACCCGCACCAACCUCUCAUCCUUCGCCUUGCCGAGGCAGUGGAGCAGUUGCAGACGUCAAUGCACGGGCAGAGUGAGAUGCUGAGGACGAUGCAGAAGCAGAUGAUGGCGAUGGCAACCAAGAAGGGAGAUCAGCAAAUAAUUCCUAGACCAAGAUCAAGAGAUCAGCCUGCAAAUCCAUCUACUAAGCCCAGCGAACCGCCUACAAGUCCUACGAACAAGUCGAGAGCUCCACUGACAAUCUCUACCACCAACUUGAGAGAUCAACUGCCCUUGCUGAAGAUAAGAGAUCAGCCUGCCAGUCCUACAAUCAAGUCAAGAGACCCGCCCACAAGUCCUUCUGCUAAGCCAAGAGAUCAGCCGACAAGCUCUACGACUGACUUGAGACAUCAGACGACUACGCUCAAGAUGAGACAUCAGCCUGCUAGCCCCACAGGCAAUGUCAGAGAUCAGCCGGCGAGCUCCACUGGGAUGACAGGAGAUGAGUCAACCAAGCAGGCCAGGGAGCUCUCUGCCUCAGAUUGCAUCGUAGUCGGCAAGUAUAUAAGUAAGGUAGGCCUCCGAAGCCCUCAAGAGCUCUACGGCCGACUGGUGCAGAGACGAAGACUGCGAUCAAUCUCAGUGUCGUUGCCCAGUGAAGGUGGCGAGAGAGUCGAGGACAGCAGGGCGUCUCGUCUGAGAUCAUCGGACAUGUUUUCUGAACCCUCGUCGAGCAUCAUGCAAGCGAGAGCCGAGGGAGUGCCAGUUCUGCUAUAUGACUCGAGCCACGUCUACCUCAGGGUGCUGGAGGAGGGCCGAGGGGUCGCCUGCUUCUCCGCUGCUCUAGCAGGCGACCCCUUCGGCUCUACCUGUCCUGAGCAGAUUGACAAGGCGAUCGAGAAGCUGAGCAAGGAGGAGGGUUGGCCGUAG